AUGAGAGCAGACAUGACCCCUCCAACCGCCAAACAACAUCAUGGCCGCCCUGAAAUCCUCCCCACACGCCAAAGCUACAUCACCCUCGACGAAUUCACCCUCGAAAGCGGGACCACCCUUAUCAAUCCCACCAUAUCCUUCACCUUCAUCGGACUCCUCAAUGCCACUCGCGACAAUGUCAUCCUCGUCUGCCACGCACUCUCCGGCAGCGCCGACUUUGCUGAUUGGUGGGCGUCGCUGCUGAAUCCUCCGAAAGGAAAACCGGCGUUGGAUCCUACAAAGUGGUGCAUUAUCUGCUGCAAUACACUUGGCAGUCCGUACGGGUCCGCCAGUCCGUUGACGUAUUACCGUGACAAUGCUACCGGGGAGAGACGACGGUACGGCGCGGACUUCCCGGCUACGACCAUCCGGGAUGAUGUCCGAAUCCACAAACAAAUCCUCGACAUUCUCGGCGUGCGCGCCAUUCACUGCGUCAUCGGCAGUAGCAUGGGCGGCAUGACCGCCCUCGAGUGGCCCCUCCUCUUUGGAGCCGAGUACGUCCGAUCCCUCGUCCUCAUCGCUACCGCAGCCCGGCAGAGCGCCUGGGGUGCCGCAUGGGCCGAAGCGCAGCGCUGUUCCAUCCGAUGCGACCCCAAGUUCCGCGGGGGGGAUUACGAACUGGACGAUCCCCCGACCGCAGGACUGGCCGCUGCGCGGAUGGCGGCGUUGCUUACGUAUCGCACGCAUCAGUCGUUUGAGGAGCGGUUUGGGGGGCGGAGAGAGGGAUUGGAUCGCAAGAAUGGUUGUGUCAUGGGGAAUGGUGUAUCUGUGCUGGGCGGCGCGGCUCAGACGGCGUGUCUGGCGCGGAGCUAUCUGCAGUAUCAGGGGAGCAAGUUUAAUGCGCGGUUUGAUACGAACUGCUACUUGCAUAUUCUCGACAAGAUCGACUCGCAUGACAUCGCCCGCGGGAGGUGUCCGUUGACUGACAGCGCGGCUGUUGAUGACGGGGAGGCAAUCAAGAUGGUACUAAGCCGGAUCCUGCAACCAACACUGGUGGUGGGUAUUCCUACUGAUGGGCUGUACCCUGUGUGUGAGCAGUAUGCGUUGUACGAGGGUAUCCCAAACGCGGCGUUCGCUCAGUUGCGGAGCGAGGAUGGGCAUGAUGGGUUUUUGUUAGAGGCCGAGCAGAUGAAUCAGUUGUUGUUGUUAUUCCUGGGCGCGCAAUAA